AUGAAUAGAUCUGAACCAAAUUUUGAGUCUGCCACUAUAGACCAGUCUUCUAAUGUAAUUAACACACUUGAACCAUGUAAAUAUAUUACUAAACCAAUGGAAAAACCAACAAAGAAAUUACAAGAACUUAUCGAUUCAUUGAAGUUAAUAAAACAUCCAGAAGGUGGUUAUUAUAGAGAAACGGAUAGGUCUCCAUACACCACCUUAAAUAAAGAUGGAAAUACAAGAAACUACUCCACCUUGAUUUAUUAUUUAUUGACACCAGAUUCACCUCGGGGUAGAUUUCAUUAUAAUGAAAAUCGUAUUAUUCAUACAUUACAUAAGGGACGUGGACAAUAUGUAUUAAUUUAUCCAGAUGGACGUGUGUACUCUUUUAAAGUUGGUUAUAAUGUAGCUGAUGGUGAAUUAAGCCAAUGGGUUGUACCCGGCGGUGUUUACAAAGCAAGCUUUGUACUAGAGAAUGAUGAAUUGGAUGAUGGAUUAUUGAUUAGUGAGGUGGUGGUUCCAGGAUUUGACUUCCAAGAUCAUCAUUUUUUAAAAGGUGGAUUAAGUAAAUUGACUGCUCUUUGUAACGAUGAUAAAGAGAUGGCUGAAAAAUUAAGUUUCUUACUAUGA